AGUAACCGGUGCUCUCUCCUCUCGCCGUUCCAGGGUGGCCCCGUGGAAAUCCUGCCCUUCCUGUACUUGGGCAGCGCGUACCAUGCCUCCCGAAAGGACAUGCUGGACGCUUUGGGCAUCACGGCGUUAAUCAAUGUCUCUGCCAAUUGCCCCAACCACUUCGAAGGGCACUACCAGUAUAAAAGUAUCCCCGUGGAGGACAACCACAAGGCGGAUAUCAGCUCCUGGUUUAACGAGGCGAUUGAUUUCAUAGACUCUGUGAAAAACGAUGGAGGAAGAGUGUUUGUGCACUGCCAGGCUGGCAUUUCACGCUCUGCAACCAUCUGCCUUGCUUAUCUCAUGAGGACCAACAGAGUCAAACUGGAUGAAGCCUUUGAGUUUGUGAAGCAGAGGAGAAGCAUCAUCUCCCCAAACUUCAGCUUCAUGGGGCAGCUGCUGCAGUUUGAGUCGCAGGUUCUUGCCCCCAACUGCUCAGCAGAAGCUGGGAGCCCUGCCAUGGCGGUGUUGGACAGAGGAGCAUCCACCACCACGGUCUUUAACUUCCCGGUCUCCAUCCCUGUUCACACCUCGUCCAGUGCUUUAAGCUACCUUCAAAGCCCCAUCACUACUUCCCCAAGCUGCUGAAGAGCAGGUGAAAACGUGGUCAGAACUCAGACUUACUGUCUCAGAAGUGCAAUAACUGCAGGGACAGUGUCCUCAGUCACCGGUGGUUUGUGGGGAGCCAACGUGCAUCCCAGAACAGUGGCAUAAACAGAGAGGAGCUCACCCAGUGCCAGAGAACAAGGUGAUCCUGCCUUCCCAAGCCAAACCUGGAUGUCUACACAGAGCUCAAAGGACACUUGGCUCUUCCUGAGCUGUUCCUCCUUGUCUUCUGUCUGUCCUAAGCCUGCUC